AUGGAAUUCUUUACAUCGGGAUCCAUCCUUAAGCAAAUCAACCAUGCGGUCAAUGCUUUGGUACCAAAGUCUACUCAUACACCUAGUGUUGGGGAUUAUAGAUCGAUAUCUUGUUGUAAUGUGAUAUAUAAAGUGAUCACAAAAAUCCUUGCAUCUAGAUUGAGGCCUAUCUUGGGAGACAUUGUGGACCAAGCACAAGCUGCUUUCAUUGAAGGUAGAAGCAUGAUGGAAAAUAUUCAUCUUGUUCAAGAACUUAUGAGAGAAUACAAUAGAAAGAGGUUAGUUGGGGACUUUCUCAAAAGUGCACUUGAAGGGUUGAAUUUUCCUUUGAGAUUUGUUCAAUGGAUUAUGGAAUGUAUUACCACUCCAACAUAUUCCAUUGCUUUGAUUGGGAGUAUACAUGGAUUCUUCAAAGGUGGGCAAGGUCUUCGGCAAGGUGAUCCACUUUUCCCUUUUUUGUUCGUGUUUUGUCUUGAAUAUUUUUCUAGAAUGAUCAAGGAUGCUACAAAUGAUAGUGAUUUUAAUUAUCACCCAAAAUGUGGUCCCCUUAAGAUAACCCAUUUGGCUUUUGCGGACGACUUGAUGCUCUUUACAAGGGGAGAUGCUAUGUUCGUGGAAAUUUUCAUGAAUUGCCUUGACAAGUUUGGUUUAACUUUGGGUAUAUCUCUUGUCUCGGAGAAGCUCAAAGUGAGUUUUUAUGCUACACUCCUUGAAAAAAUUGCGGCUUAUAUUGGAGCUUGGAAUUGCUCAUCCUUAUCUUAUGCCGACAAAGUGGAACUUAUUAGGGUGGUGUUUCAAGGAGUUGAAUGGGGCCUUGGAUUAAAGGACUUAAAGAGUUGGAAUUUAGCAUUAACUGCUAAAUCCCAUUGGAACAUUCAACAUAAAAAGGACACUCUAUGGAUUCGGUGGGUUCAUCAAGAAAGAUCAUUCUCCACUAUUCAUGAAAAAGGUGUUGCCCAACAGAUUUUAACUGAUGGAAAGCUUCGAGCAUUAGGUCAGAUGGAUGCUGGCAUUAUCCUUUCUCGACAUGCUGGUUUAGCCCCAAAUUACCUUUCUGGGCAUGCACAGAACAUGGACCAAACUGGGCAGAAUCUGGAUAGUCAUAGAGAUGGACAGAUAGUUCGAUUCGAUAGGCAGUUUCUAGGUUUUUUGGAGCAAUUUCUGGGCUAUUCAGCUGAGGAUAAAUUCAGCACAAAAAUUUCCUAUAAUUUCUUUAGGCCUAAGGGUACAUUCAAGACUUGGGGACCUGAAGUUUGGAAAUUGCAUUUGUCGAAAACUUGCGACCAUCUUUUCUUUAAAUGUUUCUUUACAUCUAAAAUAUGGGGGAAUGUUAGGCAAUGGCUCGGCAUCAAGAGAUCUAUGACAACACUUGUUAGUGCUCUAAAGUGGUUGAAGAAGGAGGCCCAUGGGACAUCAUGGCUUAGUAAGGUGAAGAGGAUUGCUCUUGCUAGCACUGUAUAUUACAUUUGGUUAACAUGGAAUAGGAAGAUUUUUGAAGAUCUUUCGACCAAUUUGGAUUGCAUUGUGAGACAGAUCAAGACACACGUAUACAAAGUUAUGUUCACUUCGUAUCCAGAUGUCUUGAUCCAUUUCGAGGCCAUCGUUGGACACGCAAUGUGUGUCUAUGCAUGCCUUCCAUUCAGGUGCUACUGGGGGUCGUCGACCGGAGUUUCGCUAGAGCAGUACCAUCGUUGGAUGGGAAACUUGCCCGGGCUAGCAUGUGUCAAUCUCCAAGGCUCCGAUGUUUGUAGGGAUGCAAGCCACCCGUAG